AUGACUGAACAUCUCGACUCCAGUAUUCGAGAAGUACGCGGAAUACAAGUCUACAGCCAGGAUAUCGAGCCUCUUCUCUCAGGGAAGCAGCAAAAGGUGCCCGGGACAACACUGAAUGCAUUCGGCGCGUGGCUGCAAGAUCUAGCACCAUCCUCCAGACAAGACACUUGCUUCCUGUCUUCGUGGCUGCCCUCGAUUGUUAGCGGGCAAGUACGAAGCGACGCGUUUCACGGGUCUGUUGAGGAGCAUGUACUGGCAGCGGUGCGGUGUCUAAAUCGAAACCAAUGCAUCUAUGGUCUGACAUCUCGAAUAGGAAAUCGUUGGGCCAUACCCCUGUGUGGUGGCGACCCGGCGCACUGGGUACUCGGGUGGGUUGACUUCUCAAGCCACCAGCUCGGGAUCUAUGAUAGCCUGCCCGAAUGUGAUUCACAGCACUGGGCUGAACCGCUACUCUUGACAACACUCGACAGCAUUCUACAAGCAGUCGGGCGUCCUAGUGUGCAGUGGAGUAGCACAGAAUGGUCGAGCUUUGCUGUAGUCUCCCCUGACGAGCUACAGCGCCAAAUGGACUCCUGGUCUUGUGGCCAUUUUACACUGCUGGCGAUGCUCGACUUCGCUCAGACUGAUGGGCCAAGUUAUCAUCUCGGUGAGACGUCUAAAGAGGAAGCUCGAACUCGUGCUUUCAAUGCCCUAUUAAGUCUUCGAAAGCGACCCAUUGAUUCGACUCCAGAUGCGUCAGAGCGCACCUCCGCUGAGACCGGCCAUCCUCAUCAAUCAGACGAGCAGAACCGAGACUCGGACGAGAGUCACGAGACUCCUGAUCUCACCAUAUCCAGCAAACACGACGGUGCUGAACGAUCUGCGUGUGACCGAAAGAAAGCGUUGGAUCCGCCUGCUAUCGCUCCACCGAAGGCUACUAGGAGUGUUCAACACGACGAGACAGACAUCGAGGACUCGGAUGGCGACAGCACGGACAGAGAGCACCAAUCGAAGCGACGGAAACAAGCAGCACGAGGCCCAAAACUGUCAGUAGAGGAGCGCAGAAAGGUACUGGAGGAUGACGAAUGGGUCCUGCGCUUUGACUUCCACACGGUUGUCUGCGCCGGAUGCAGGAAGGAGCGCAAGCUUGACAAGAAACGGAAGUAUGUGCUGGGGAACUGGGCCCAGCACAAACUAGAAUGCGAGCAAAUUACGGGCAAGAGCAAGAUCCGUCGGGCGGUAAUAUCAAAGAAGACGACAACACCGAAUAAAGCCAUUACUUCAUUCUUCAAUCCAAUGACAAAAGGCGAGCGUAGCACUGCACUUAUGGCGAGCGCUCGUCCAGGAUCUGCGAUAGGUGGCGUGGUCUCAGAGCUUACACGCAAACGUGUUGUCUGCCAGCGGCUACGCGGAGAGGAAUACACGCACUACCUGCUCAGUACGUCUACGAGGAGUCUCGGCGGGAUUUCAUUCGCCCAGCGGUCACGGAUCGUACGACAGCUAUUCCCCUACAAGUACCCCGGGGAACGCAAGGUCAAGCUGGAGUGCCCGUCGGAUGGCAACGUGCAAGUGAAAGAGAAGGAUUGGACAUCUGCAGAGCACAAGCGUCUUGACCAUCAGCUGCAAGGCUUUGCGCGGUGGAUUGUCGACUUCAACGAUCGGAGUAUUCGCUCUAGAGCAUGCGAAGGCAACACUGUGAAUGCAAGUGGUAUUUGCGACCAGUGCGAGAGUGUCGACAAGGAUGAAUCGCUUAGACAUGCUGUGCGCCGAGCCGAACGUGAAGCCCAGCUGCCGGAAGCUGAGCGCGAAGCCAAGCGUGCCCGCCACGACAAGCACACACCGAAGACGCUGACAAGUACCGAUGCGCGCGAUCUGCAGUCACGCCUCUCAGAUCCGGUGGUCCGCGGUAUGCUUGCUUCCCUUGAGAAGAACGAUAAAGUGGGAUGUUUCCUGCAAUUGUAUCAGCAAGCAUCGGAGGGCAAGUUGGAUAAGUACGACACCUUCACAGAUAUCUGUCGAGUCUUGAGUGACCGCGCAAGGCGUGAAUCACAUCCAGAUGCAAAGAAGCUCCUUCAUGGCAUGCGGUAUGGGGCCGAUCUCUGGCAGUUCUUCACUCUGAUGCGCUCGUACGGUGGAAACUCUGCUCAACAGUACAGUAUCCUCGCUCAGGAACUUGGUUUCCCUUCAUUGCGAGCCACCCGGUACUACGUCAAGAAUUCUGCGGAUGUCCUUCAAUCUGGCGAACUUGAAUUCGAGAAUGUUGCACGUGUUAAACGCUUUCAGGAUACGUUCGGGUACCAUGGGCCUGUGGCUGUUGGGAGCGACUGCACCAAGGUCCGAGCACGCCUCAGCUACUCGAAUGACUAUGGCAGCCACAUUCUGGGCUCUGUUCUGCCCCUCGCGGAAUGUACAGUUGACGACGCAGACGACAUAGACGAUGUCAUCAAGAACAUCAAGGAUAAGAAGGCAUAUGCAACUCAAACAAGGGCUAUCAUGAUCAAGAUUGCUCUACCACAGGUACCACCAAUGGUUGUUGCACUGAUGGCAACAUCUGGGUCCGACUCGGCACAAGAGAUCCAUAAAAUCCAGACACGCCUCAUCCAGAUGGCUGCUCAACUGAAAAUGUCGGUCAUCGUAUGCGCUGCGGAUGGCGCUGCAACCGAGCUUAGUGCGCAAGCGAUGAUGGACUCUACUGCAUCCGAGCAAACCCCGUUAGCAUACGAGUACACCCUGUACGGCCUAUCCUUGCGGGCUCCGGUUUUCAAGGACACAGGCCCGCUGAUCUCUGUUCAAGAUCCCAGCCAUGGACGGAAAACGGCACGCAAUCAACCACAACACGGGACGCACACAGCGAGUCUCGGGAAAGGCUAUCUCGUCAAUCGAACACUCGUUCAACUCUAUGAAGGUGGUGGCUCUGGGCUUCAACGGAGCGACAUCAAGAAUGUCGACAAACAAGACGAUGGUGCAGCCCGGCGACUCUUCCAUAAUGUUGCCCUGACAGCUAUGACCUACAAGGGCGACGAGAACACGCAAUAUAUCAAGGAGGAGUUUCUCGGCCUGUUUGUCUACCUAUAUGUUCUUGGGGACCUAUUCGAUGCUUGGCUAUGUCGCCGGAUGUCAGUCAAGGAUCGCAUUCUGGCAGCACUGCGUGCACGUUCUUUCCUGCAUAUAUGGCGGGCGCACGUCUUGCUGCUCGAACGACACUACCCGGACCUGUAUUCGACAGCGCGUUCUUUCAUCUCCCCCGCCAGUUUCAAGAUCUUUAAUCGCCUCUGCGACACACUGAUUCUGCUGGUCCUUGCCUACGCACAGUACUACCCAGACGAGCCCUUCUGUCCUUGGCUACUGGGCACUGACUUCCUCGAACACUUCUUCGGCCUCGCUCGCCGCAUGCUCCCGAACUUCACCUAUGCCGAACUUCUCAAGCUUGUCAAACAUGUCAUGCUCCGACAGAAGAUCCUCCUCACACGGAAGAUGAAGUCACAACCAAAACCUGAACGCGAGGCCCGUGCUGGUUACAUUUUCGAUUUCGACAACACACCACUAUCUCCCGAAGAGCUGGCCAAUAGUCAUGUGAAGCUCUCGACUGCGGAACUGAACGUGCUGGUGGAACUUGCUGGGAAAGAGGCAUCGCAAAUUGCGAAACAGCUCCUCCACAUGAAGAUUCCGAAGCGCCCUUGGACUCUGCCAGGCUCUGUUGGCGAAAUGAGCUCAUCGUCCCGCAAGGGCAAGGCUUCAGGUGAUGGCAACGACUCUGACUGGGAAUCCGACCUCGAGGAGGACCUACAUGAUGAUUGGGACAAUGACGCCGACGAUGUCAUUGGUGAUGCCGCGCCACAGGCUGCUGGUCAGCUAACCAUGGCUGUCCAGCUUAAAGAUGCUGUACAGCACUGUGCGCGGUACGCCGCCCUUUGCGAGGACUAUGAUGCAUCUGUAGCCGAGCUGGAUCGUGGCGAUGCUUCAUCGGUCGAUUCCAAACGGCCACCGAAGAUCAGCUUACCUGUGCGCCCAGAUGAUGUGCCUGCCCCGGCGCAUGACAACUCGAAGACGGCGAGUGCGAUACUUGACAAGGAUGGGAAGAUCUCGAUUCCCAUGAUGAUUCGUUGUCGUGAGCAACAUCAGUCGGGCACCGCAGUCAAGUCGGAACGGGUGGUUUGUCUUGACCCGAAAUACUCCUUGAGCAAGCUCGACGAUGAUAACAAGAAAAUGUCGGUGAAGGAAGCCUCGCAUCGCGUACGCAUUGUUCAAACGUUGCACGGUGAAAUUCCCAAGGAGAAGACCACGCGCGAGCAUCGGUACGCGACGCAGAGUAAGCGGAUCCAAGUCAUUGCACAACAGAAGCAAAACGAUGUCCCGAACAUACAAAGCAAGAAUAUCAGUCAGAUCAACCCGCUACGGCCUGGUUGCUUCGUGGUCGUUCGAAACCCACAACGAACAUACAUAGGGGAGGUCUUGGAUAUCUACAAGAAGGUCGGUAGCCGUCAUGGUUCAAUUGCUUCUGCGGACAGUAGCAGUCGGCUCUCCGGCCUCUCGUUGCGAUGUUUUCUUCCAUUGGAGAAUCAUGACGGGGAUUCCGAAUUCGAGAGCGAAGACGAUGAUGGUUCUGCUACUAGGCCUGUCACCCAUUUUUCUUGUCAUAUUGACAGCACAGAGGGUCAGCUCCACACCUAUGCUCGUCCGUCUCAUGUUCUCUACAACCUCGGAACCAGCACAUUAGUUGGACCCACGCGACGCAAGACAUUCCGUACACAGCAGUCCAGUGACCCAUGGCAUCUGCUAACGAGUUCGACUGUGCAGAGCAUAUUGAAGGGAGACGGAACGAGGCACUGA